CCCUUUCAUAGUUUCAUCAUGUCUGAUUUCACCCUAUAAAGCUGCCUCUUAAAUUUCUUGCUUUCUUUUAGAUUUCCCCACAACCACAAACUCAAACAAAGCUGUCACCAUUAUUCAGUGAGAGAGACAUCAUCAGCUCACGAGCAAUGGAAGUAGGGAGAAGAAUCAGGAGAGAAAUGAGCCCAGACAGAGCCAAAAUGUGCAACAACCAAACAAGAGUGAUGAAGCCCACUUUCAAGAAAGUUGAAGUUGUUUACUAUCUCUCCACAAACGGCCAUCUUCACCACCCUCACUACAUUCAAGUCUCUCAUCUUUCUCACCAACACCUUCGUUUGAAAGAUGUAUUGGAUCGGCUCAAAGUGUUGAGAGGUAAAGGCAUGCCUUCACUUUACUCCUGGUCCUGCAAAAGGAGCUUCAAGAAUGGGUAUGUGUGGAAUGAUUUGGCUCUAAAUGAUGUGAUUUUACCAUCGGAAGGAGCUGAAUAUGUGCUCAAAGGAUGUGAAUUACUUGUCGACUGCACUGAGAAGCUGCAGCACCUACAAUUCGGCAAUGUUCAGCAAUUCCAGCACCAGGAAGCAAAUCUGUACCCUCCAAAAAGCCGAAAUCCAUCUCCGAAGCAGGAAAUGAUGAACGUCGAAGAGGAGGAAGACGAAGAAGAAGAAGAAUACGAAGAGAAAGGCGCGACGCACACCACCUGUUCGAGAGGCGUCUCUACCGAAGAAGCCGAGGAGGAAAUCAAGCACAAGCACUCGCAAAAGAGCGGCCGCACCGAGCUCAACCUCGACACCAACUCCCUCUCCUCGCCGCCCUCCACCACCUCCUCCACCCCCUCCGACAACCCCCACAGCGAGGCUGACCCCAUCGGGAACGAGCCGAUGCUGAGCAGGAACUCAAUGCUGCUCAGCCUCAUCGCGUGUGGGGGCACGGGCUCGUUCAGGAGAGCCGUGCUCCCGGCCUCUGUGAAGGAGCACGUGCCCGGGAGGAAGAGCUGCAGCGGAGGCGGAGGGAGUAGCCUUCAUAAGGGGGUGGUGUGCAAGGCGGCGAAGAUGGCGACCGAGGAGGAGCGGGUGAUGAUCAGCUACAUGUCGGAGAAUCCGAGGUUCGGGAACUCGCAGGCCGAGGAGAAGGAGUAUUUCAGCGGUAGCAUUGUGGAAUCUAUGACAAAUGAUUGCGCUAGCGAGCCCGUGCUCAAGAAGUCGUCUUCGUACAAUCAAGAAAGGUGUGCUAAGGCAGGGCUAGGAGGGGAAGAAGAAGCAGAGGAAGAAGUGAAGAAGGAGAAGGGAUUGAUGAGAGGGAAAUGCAUUCCAAGGAAAAGGAAGUCAUCUUCCAAACCACCCAAAAACUGAUUAAUUAUGCAAGUGGAGAAGGUUUAGUAUUUAUGAAGAAUUUAAUGUAGAAUUUAAACCUACUUAUUGCUUUCCCAACUUAUAUGUAACAAGUUGAAUAACUGAAGUGGUUGGGUUUUAUCUAUGCAGAUAAAUUUGUGAUUGUAAAUGAUCUUUCUUGUGAUGGGGUUGGUUUAUAUUAAAUUUAUCUAAUGUUGUAGGAUCAA